AAAACACUUGCACAGUGGCACGUUUGCAUAUUAUCCAAGACAAACGUAGGAGUUAGACUAACAAUGGCGCAAGUUCUCUCCCUCACUGCAUCUCUGUGUGCAGCUGAGACCCACAAAGCUUCUUCAAAGCCACUGAAGCUUGCCAAGACCUCCCGGGAGACAAAGACCAAGACACCUAUUUACAAUCCCAGAAAAGGUUCUGACAGUUCCUUUAACAAGAUCCGGAAGCAGAAUUUGGAGGUCUCACCUCACAGGGCUGUGUCUGCAGUGAGAUUGAUGAGAAUAGAGCUGGGUGGUGCUUUUGCUGACCUUUUGAAUGAGAAAGGGAAGGGUUCUGGUGAUAAUGAGAUGGGAUAUGUUGAAAGAACUCUUGGGUUUCGCACCCGGGAGUUAGAGGAUCGGGAUCUUAGAUUGGUUACAGAUAUUGUUGGCGGCACCAUCCGUUGGAGGAGAUAUCUUGAUUAUUUAAUCUGUUCAAUAUGCCAUGAUGAUAGCACAUUUAGACACAUGGAGCCUCUUCUCUUACAGAUUCUCCGAAUUGGUUUCUAUGAGAUUAUCAAGCUAGAUAUGCCACAUUAUGCUGUUGUUGACGAGAAUGUGAGGCUUGCAAAGGUUGCCCUUAGACCAGGUGCUGGUAACAUGGUCAAUGGGAUUCUGCGGAAGCUUGCUUUGCUUAAGGAAAGUAACACUCUUCCUCUACCCAAAGUGGAGGGUGAUGAACGUGCACAAGCACGUGCUCUUGCCAUUCUGCACUCUCAUCCUGUUUGGAUGGUAAGGCGAUGGACAAAGUAUAUUGGGCAAGAAGAAGCCAUUAAAUUGAUGACCUGGAACAAUAGUGAUCCCAGUUUCAGCUUGAGGGCAAACAGUGGGAAAGGUGUUUCAAGAGCUGACCUUGUGAUGCAGCUUAAUUCAUUGAAGGUCCCACAUGAGCUCUCUUUGCAUUUGGAUGAUUUUGUCCGUAUUCAAACUGGGAUGCAGAUUGUCAUACAAGCUGGCUUACUCAAAGAAGGUUUAUGUUCUGUUCAGGAUGAGAGUGCAGGCAUGGUUGUUUCUGUUGUAAAUCCUCAACCUGGUGACAGAAUAAUUGAUUGUUGUGCUGCUCCAGGAGGAAAGACUCUUUACAUUGCAUCCCAAUUAAGUGGCCAAGGUAUGGUAUCUGCAAUUGACAUAAACAAAGGCCGGUUAAGAAUCCUUAAAGAGACAGCCAAGUUGCACCAAGUAGAUGGUGUCAUCACCACCAUCCAUAGUGAUCUUCGUAUCAUUGCUGAAAAGAAUCCAGUGAAAGGUGAUAAGGUUUUGUUGGAUACCCCAUGUUCUGGACUGGGUGUUCUCUCGAAGAGAGCGGACCUGCGCUGGAAUAGGAAGUUAGAGGAUAUGGAACAGCUGAAGAAUUUACAGGAUGAGCUGUUGGAUGCAGCAUCCAUAUUGGUAAAUCCUGGUGGAGUUUUAAUAUACAGUACCUGCUCAAUAGAUCCUGAAGAGAAUGAAGAGAGGGUGGCUUCAUUUCUUCUUCGGCAUCCGGAAUUUUCUGUAGAUCCUGUUGACAGAUAUGUGCCACCUGAUUUUGUAACGGAACAUGGUUUCUAUUCCUCCAACCCAGUAAAACAUUUACUUGAUGGGGCCUUUGCAGCUCGUCUAGUUCGAGCCUCAUAAAACAGAUCUUUCUUCCACAGGCAUAUGCAAUCUUCUUAUUCUAGGGCCAUUCAAUUCCCACUGCAUGACUGAUAUUCCUUGAUUCCCUGGUGAUUCAUUAUACUGAGGCUGGAGCAUUGGGAGAUUCAUGUGGAUUACAUCCUUCAUCAAAUGCUUGGGGAGCAUUCUCUCUUGAUCACUCAGUUUCUAAGUCAGGGCUGCUUAAAACAUGGUGAAACAAGAUAUCAAUGCAUUGACAAGCAAAGGGCUAAAGUUUUACACCUCCUUAGGUUCAACAAGGUCCCAAUUGAUUCACAUGUUGGGAGAUGGCACUAGGGAGCUACAUGAGAGGCUCCACCAAGUCAUCAACACAAUAAUGAUCUCAUGCAUCAUCUUUGUCACAAAAGUCUGGACCCUACACUAUGUGAGACUCACUUGUGAGGGAGAUGAUGCAUAUGCUGGAUGCACAAGAUAACUUCGAACCAACAAUAGUUUCUAACUUCGUCUUAUAUAGGAGGCACUGCGGUGCAAAUAUGGAUCAGUAAAACCAGAGGAUCAUUUGUAGCAUCAUGUUGUCUUACUAUGAAAUGCAAUUUUGUAACCGCUAACUUUAAGUUCAUGCCAACGCAUGGGAAGAAUACCUUUAGAAGAACCUUCAAAUUUAAAAUUAA